AUGUCAAUUACAGUUCCUUACCUUGCUCCUAAUACAGUUCCUUACCCUGCUCCUAAUACAGUUCCUUACCUUGCUCCUAAUACAGUUCCUUACCCUGCUCCUAAUACAGUUCCUUACCAUGCUCCUAAUACAGUUCCUUACCCUGCUCCUAAUACAGUUCCUUACCUUGCUCCUAAUACAGUUCCUUACCAUGCUGCUAAUACAGUUCCUUACCAUGCUCCUAAUACAGUUCCUUACCCUGCUGCUAAUACAGUUCCUUACCCUGCUGCUAAUACAGUUCCUCACCUUGCUCCUAAUACAGUUCCUUACCAUGCUGCUAAUACAGUUCCUUACCCUGCUGCUAAUACAGUUCCUUACCAUGCUCCUAAUACAGUUCCUUACCAUGCUGCUAAUACAGUUCCUUACCCUGCUGCUAAUACAGUUCCUUACCUUGCUCCUAAUACAGUUCCUUACCAUGCUGCUAAUACAGUUCCUUAUCCUGCUGCUAAUACAGUUCCUUACCAUGCUCCUAAUACAGUUCCUUACCCUGCUGCUAAUACAGUUCCUUACCCUGCUGCUAAUACAGUUCCUUACCUUGCUCGUAAUACAGUUCCUUACCAUGCUGCUAAUACAGUUCCUUACCAUGCUGCUAAUACAGUUCCUUACCAUGCUGCUAAUACAGUUCCUUACCCUGCUGCUAAUACAGUUCCUUACUUUGCUCCUAAUACAGUUCCUUACCAUGCUGCUAAUACAGUUCCUUACCCUGCUGCUAAUACAGUUCCUUACCUUGCUGCUAAUACAGUUCCUUACCCUGCUGCUAAUACAGUUCCUUACCCUGCUGCUAAUAGAGUUCCUUACCAUGCUGCUAAUACAGUUCCUUACCUUGCUCCUAAUACAGUUCCUUACCCUGCUGCUAAUACAGUUCCUUACCCUGCUGCUAAUAGAGUUCCUUACCCUGCUGCUAAUAGAGUUCCUUACCUUGCUGCUAAUACAGUUCCUUACCUUGUUCCUAAUACAGUUCCUUACCCUGCUGCUAAUAGAGUUCCUUACCAUGCUGCUAAUACAGUUCCUUACCAUGCUGCUAAUACAGUUCCUUACCAUGCUGCUAAUACAGUUCCUUACCCUGCUCCUAAUACAGUUCCUUACCUUGUUCCUAAUACAGUUCCUUACCAUGCUGCUAAUACAGUUCCUUACCAUGCUGCUAAUACAGUUCCUUACCAUGCUGCUAAUACAGUUCCUUACCAUGCUGCUAAUACAGUCCCUUACCAUGCUCCUAAUACAGUUCCUUACCCUGCUGCUAAUACAGUUCCUUACCUUGUUCCUAAUACAGUUCCUUACCAUGCUGCUAAUAGAGUUCCUUACCAUGCUGCUAAUACAGUUCCUUACCUUGUUCCUAAUACAGUUCCUUACCUUGCUGCUAAUACAGUUCCUUACCUUGCUCCUAAUACAGUUCCUUACCUUGCUGCUAAUACAGUUCCUUACCCUGCUCCUAAUACAGUUCCUUACCUUGCUCCUGUUACAGUUCCUUACCUUGCUCCUGUUACAGUUCCUUACCUUGCUCCUGUUACAGUUCCAUACCAUGCUCCUGUUACGGUUCCUUACCUUGCUCCUGUUACAGUUCCUUACCAUGCUGCUAAUACAGUUCCUUACCAUGCUGCUAAUACAGUUCCUUACCAUGCUGCUAAUACAGUUCCUUACCAUGCUGCUAAUACAGUUCCUUACCAUGCUGCUAAUACAGUUCCUUACCAUGCUGCUAAUACAGUUCCUUACCAUGCUGCUAAUACAGUUCCUUACCAUGCUGCUAAUACAGUUCCUUACCAUGCUGCAAAUACAGUUCCUUACCCUGCUGCUAAUACAGUUCCUUACCCUGCUGCUAAUACAGUUCCUUACCUUGUUCCUAAUACAGUUCCUUACCUUGUUCCUAAUACAGUUCCUUACUUUGCUGCUAAGACAGUUGUGUGA